AUGGGCAGAAGGGUCAUGAGGAAGCCGAUGUUACGUAGCCGCGUAGUAACAGAAUUUAAAAGCGGCGGAUUAAAGGAAUAUCAAGAAAAUUACGAAACGAAACAUUACAAAUUGAAAGAAAAUGUAGUAGAUGGAAAUAAAGAAUGUGAUGAAAAAUAUGAAGCAGCACAAUAUGGGUUCAAAGAAAAGUGUCCUUAUGAUGUAGGAAAUUACGGAGAAAACGCUGGACCAGAUAUUUUCGCAUUAAGAAAAAAGUUCCCCUUUGGAAAUGAAAAAAAAAAAAACCAUGAAGAAUAUGGAGAGGACAAGGAUGAUGAAGGCAUCAUAUAUUCCGUAAGAAGCAAAUUGCUAGGUUCAGUAAGUAACUACACGGAUUCAAUUCCCACAACAAAUGAUGGUUAUCCUACCAUGGUAAGGGAAUACCUAGAGGAUGGAAACGGGGUAAUAUAUCCACCCAAAGGGAGAUACCCUGGUAGAUACGUAGAACAUAUGGAACCCGGACACAGAAGACAUCCCCCAAGAGGAAGAGCUCCAGGUAGAUACGUAGAACAUGUGGAACCUCGACAAAGAAGGUAUCCCCCUAGAGGAAGAGCUCCAGGUAGAUACGUAGAACAUGUGGAACCUCGACAAAGAAGGUAUCCCCCUAGAGGAAGAGCUCCAGGUAGAUACGUAGGGCCUGCAGAACAUGUAGCACACGGGCCAGUGAAACAUCCACGAAGGGGUAGAAAACCAGUUAGACCCUUAGAGCAUGCCGAAUUUCAUCCCAGGGGACGACAUCCAAGAGAUAUGAGAAAACUAGGUGCACACCCAGAACAUAGAGAAGUGCAACCAAGGAGAUAUCCCCCAAGAAAGCCGCCAUCAGGCAUAUACGUAGAUUACCCCCAACACGGACCCAGGGUAGUAUACCCUCCAGGAAUUAGGAGACCUGAUGUAUACAUGGGACAAAAGGGGGAUAUGCUAAAAUACGCUUCAUUGGAUGAAGACAUGGAAUACGAGUUAGAGGAUGAGGAGGAAAACUCAAGCGGGGAAGGGAUAAGCCAAGAAGGGGCCAUCAAAGAGGAGAUCAACCAGGAAGAGACAAGCCAAGAGGAGGCAAACCAGGAAGAGACAAGCCAAGAAGAGACAAACCAAGAGCAGGUCAACCAAGAAGAGGCAAACCAAAAAGAGGCAAACCAAAAAGAGGCAAACCAAGAGGAGACAAACCAAGAGGAGAUCAACCAAGAAGAGACAAACCAAGAGCAGGUCAACCAAGAAGAGACAAGCCAAGAAGAGGCAAACCAAGAGGAGGUCAACCAAGAGGAGGUCAACCAAGAAGAGGCAAACCAAGAGGAGGUCAACCAAGAAGAGGCAAACCAAAAAGAGAUAAACAAAGAAGAGAUAAACAAAAAAGAGACAAAGAAAAAAGAGUCAAAGAAAAAAGAGUCAAAGAAAAAAGAGACAAAGAAAAAAGAGACAAAGAAAAAAGAGGCAAAGAAAAAAGAAACAAAGAAAAAAGAGACAAACACAGGAGAGACAAACACAGAAGAGAUAAACAAAGAAGAGACAAACACAGGAGAGACAAACGAAGAAGAGACAAACACAGAAGAGAUAAAAACAGAAGAGAUAAACACAGAAGAGAUAAACACAGAAGAGAUAAACACAGAAGAGAUAAACACAGAAGAGAUAAACACAGAAGAGAUAAACACAGAAGAGAUAAACACAGAAGAGAUAAACACAGAAGAGAUAAACGAUGAAAAUACUAAUGCAGAAGGAAUCCACCAGGAAAAAAAAACAGAUGAAAAAGCAGACGAAAAAACAGAUGUGGAAGAAAAAGAAGAAGUAAACACAAAUGCAGAAAAAACACAGGACACAAUAACAACUCAUGAAAAAAAAGAAGAAAAAAAAAAGGAAGAAAAAAAGAAAGAAAAAAAGAAAGAGAAAAAAAAAGAGAAAAAGAAAGAGAAAAAACAGGAAAAAACGUCUAAAAAAGAGCAGGCAAGUAAGUCCAAAUGGAAUAAAAAAAAAAAGUGA